AUGGCGAAUCUCCCUUGCAAGCACACAGAUCCAAACGGGGUUGACAAGACGAGGGGUGCAGCGGAAAAGCCUGGGACAGGGGCCUCGGUGUGUUUGCUCGUCUGUCUCCACCACGCAGACACUCACACCGCCGCAGCAUCCCAGCAUCACCAGGUGCAGUGGAGCCAAACCCCGCUCUGUGUGUGUGUGCGCUACAGAAAGGAGGAAGGGAGGGAGGAGGCGUUUUUUCGCUGGGUGCAGAUGAAACGAGGAGAGAGGGAGCGAGUGGCUUGGCAAGAAAAAGCACUAAAAAUUCUGAAAAUGAAGAAGUUCAACAUCAGGAAGGUGCUGGACGGCUUGAAAGAAGCGUCCUCCUCCACGCCGUCUGUCCAAGUGGGGCCACAGGAGAACCAUCUGAUCCAGGAGACCCUCCAGUCCGAUCAUUUCCAGCUCUGCAAGACCGUUCGUCAUGGCUUCCCCUAUCAACCGUCAUCCAUGGCUUUCGACCCAGUCCAGAAGAUACUGGCCAUCGGCACCCAGAGUGGAGCUCUCAGAUUGUUUGGUCGUCCAGGUGUAGAGUGCUACUGUCAACAUGAGACUGGAGCAGCCGUCAUCCAGCUACAGUUUCUCAUCAACGAGGGAGCGCUGGUGAGUGCUUUGGCUGACGACAGUGUCCACCUGUGGAACCUGAGGCAGAAGAGACCAGCCAUCCUUCACUCACUCAAGUUUAACAAAGAGAGAAUAACUUUCUGCCACCUGCCCUUCCAGAGUAAGUGGUUGUACAUCGGCACAGAACGAGGGAACAUCCACCUCGUCAACGUGGAGUCCUUCAUGCUCUCAGGCUACGUCAUCAUGUGGAACAAAGCCAUUGAACUGUCCUCCAAGGCUCACCCAGGACCAGUCGUCCACAUAAGUGAUAACCCUAUGGAUGAGGGAAAGCUUAUAAUUGGAUUUGAGUCUGGGAUCGUGGUCCUGUGGGAUCUGAAAUCAAAGAAGGCAGACUAUCGCUACACUUAUGAUGAGGCUAUCCACUCUGUUGCCUGGCAUCACGAGGGCAAGCAGUUCGUUUGUAGUCACUCAGAUGGAACUCUGACCAUAUGGAACAUCAGAGGCCAGGGCAAGCCCAUACAGACAAUCACACCACACGGAAAACAGCUCAAGGAUGGGAAGAAGCCAGAGCCGUGUAAACCCAUUCUUAAAGUCGAGUAUAAAACAACUAGAAAUGGGGAACCCUUCAUAAUCUUCUCUGGUGGUUUGUCCUAUGACACGGUGGGAAGAAGGCCAUGUUUGACAGUAAUGCACGGGAAGAGUACUGCUGUGCUGGAAAUGGACUAUCCCAUAGUAGACUUUCUUACACUAUGUGAGACACCAUAUCCCAAUGAUUUUCAGGAACCUUAUGCUGUGGUGGUCCUUUUAGAAAAAGAUUUAGUGGUGAUCGACCUUGCACAAAACGGUUACCCGAUAUUCGAGAACCCAUAUCCUUUGACUAUCCACGAGUCUCCUGUGACCUGCUGCGAGUACUUUGCCGACUGCCCUGUGGACCUCAUACCUGCACUUUAUUCUGUUGGCUCACGGCAGAAACGACAGGGCUACAGUAAAAAGGAAUGGCCCAUUAGUGGUGGAAACUGGGGUCAAGGCACACAAAGCUACCCCGAAAUCAUCAUCACUGGGCAUGCUGAUGGAACUGUGAAGUUCUGGGAUGCUUCUUCAAUAAUGCUCCAGGUGCUCUAUAAGCUAAAAACAGCCAAGAUUAUGGCCUGGUGUCCAGAGAGCCGGAUGCUUUGUGUGGCAGGGGUGUCAGCCAAUAUGAUCAUCUACCGCUUCAGUAAGCUGGAAGUAACUACUGAGGUAGUGCAGUUACUGGAGGUGCGAAUGCAGUAUGAACUGAAUGAUACAGAGUCUCCAGAUGUUGGCGGUGAGCAGACGUCGGCACAUCCCACCCCAGGUGCCUCCCCUCAGACGAGUGGCCCGCCUUCACACCCAUCCACCAGCAGCAACAACUCUGACGGAGGCAACAUACCCUGCCUGAAAGUGCGCAGUACUCCGCUGAAGCAGUCUCCAGGUUACCAGGUAGACUUGGUGGUCCAGUUAGUGUGGGUGAGUGGAGAGCCUCCUCAGCAGAUCACAAGUCUGGCGCUCAAUUCCUCUUAUGGCCUGGUGGUGUUUGGCAACAGUAACGGGCUGGCUGUGGUGGACUACAUCCAGAAAACAGUGGUACUCAACUUGGGGACGGUCGAGCUUUACGGUUCCAACGACCCCUACCAGAGACAGCCUCGGUCGCCAAGAAAGACACGGCAGCCUUCAGGAGGUCUGUGUGACAUCAAUGAGGGCUCAGCCACAUCAGAGGACCGCUGCAAAUCCCCUACUUCAGACCACCGGGACAACUCCUUUAGCCGCUCGCGCUCCUCCAGCGUCACCAGCAUCGACAAAGAGGCCAGAGAGGCCAUCAGCUCCUUCCACUUCUGCGACACCUUUGCACGGAAGGGCGACAGCACCCUGACACCCUGCCUGUAUGUGGGCACCUCUCUGGGAACCGUGCUGGUUUUAGCGCUCACACUGCCACCUGCUGGCGAGCAGCGGCAGCUGCAGCCAGUCAUUAUUUCACCCACGGGUAUGUUGGUACGGCUCAAAGGAAGUGUUAUGCGCAUGGCAUUCCUGGACUCUACAGGUUCCCUCCUGCCACCUGCACAUGAACCAUGGUUUGAACCCAACGUUACGGCAGAUGGUGAAGAAAGGGAGAAGGUCCGCAAGCGCCGGCCGGUUUCUGUAUCCCCGUCCACCUCCCAGGACCUCAGUGAGAGCCAGUAUGCUGUGGUGUGCUCUGAGAAACAGGCCAAAGUUAUUUCACUACCCUCCCAGACCUGCAUCUAUAAACACAGUAUCACAGAGACCUCCUUCAUCUUACGGGCAGACGUGGUGCAAAUGAGCCAAGGCGUGUGUGUAGCUUGUUUCUGUGCCAACGGACACAUCAUGACCAUCAGUGUGCCGGGACUGAGACCGCUCGUGGAUGUAAAUUACCUACCUUUGACAGACAUGCGGAUAGCCAGGACAUUCUGUUUCACCAACCUGGGUCAGGCCAUGUACCUCUGCUCCCCUACUGAAAUCCAGAGGAUCACCUACAGUCAGGAUACUUGUGAAAACUUACAGGAGAUGCUGGGUGAACUUUUCACUCCAGUGGAAACACCAGAGGCACCAAACAGAGGGUUCUUCAAAGGCCUCUUUGGAGGAGGAGCACAGUCACUGGACAGAGAGGAACUGUUUGGUGAGACAGCAGCUGGAAAGGCGUCCCGGAGUCUGGCCCAGCACAUCCCCGGCCCCGGUGGCAUUGAGGGCAUGAAGGGGGCUGCUUCAGGAGUGGUCGGAGACCUGGCACGGGCCCGGAUAGCACUGGACGAAAGAGGCCAGAAACUGGGUGAGCUGGAUGAGAGGACAGCUGCCAUGAUGGCCAGUGCAGAUUCUUUCUCCAAACAUGCCCAUGAGAUGAUGCUGAAGUGCAAAGACAAAAAAUGGUACCAGUUCUGAUAAGUGGAGGAGUGGAGAUCUGUGAAUCAGUAUUUGACUGACCUUCCAUUGGCUCAUCUGGACUCACCGUGACUCCCAACCAUCCGUCUGUCCAUGCAUUCAUCCCGCCAAGCCUUCUUCACUCAAACACUUGGGAAUUUCUUCCCUAGCACAAUAUUGAAUACUGUUUUUACCUCAGUCUAAGGGUUGAGCUGAGGGUUAGAGUGGGGAGAAGGACAAUCUCAAUGGGAGUAAAUAAAUGGUCUUUUUUAUGUUCUUGUCUCUUUGUUUAUCUCUGUUCAGCUUCCCCUCCGAGGUAGCAGAUUGGCUCGAGCAACCGGAGACUACUUACUCUCAUUUGCGAAAAUAUUCUUUACUUCACUCUGUUCCCUCAUGGCAAAUAGUCAUACCAAUAAACACAGCUGAAAGAGACUAAUAUUAAAUAAAAAAGACCUCAAAAUUGUACAAAAAAAAUGUAAAAAAGAAAAAAAAAGAAGAAAGAAAAAGAUUCUAAAUACAUCAUUAUAUAUACAUAGAUCUAAUAAAUGUGCAAUGCUGUAUCCACUUGUGAACUUUUGUACUUGAUUGACAAGUAUGAAAGAAAGGGAUCAUUCUUCUGGGAGAUGGGAGCAGGUGUUGAAGGCUGAUGGAAAAUCAUUCAAAGUGCGACGAAAGUGAAACGUCCUCUAUGCAGAGUGUCACAAGGAUUAAAGCAACUCACUCGGAUGUACUCUGGAUAUUGCAUUACCUAGCUCAAUCUCAAAACUCUUCUCUGUAUCUGGCAGACUGACAGCGUGUUCAUGUAUGUGAGAAAGUGUGUGUUACUUUCAAUCAUUCCUCUGUUUAUUAUUAACCGUUGUUUUGUUUGUAUUGUUGGAAAAUCUCUUUAUUUUUCUAAUGUGAAAAUGAUUAUAUUUAAUUCACUGUGGAAAAAAAGAACAUUGUGAUUUAUGUAAAAAAAAAAAAAAUCAUUAUUUUGUCCCACAAGAAAAGGGCUGGAAUCUGUAAUGAGGGCAGAAAUUUAAAAGGCAGUAAUCAAACAGACAUAGUAAACGUUGGAUCUCUUUACUCUGAAAGCAAGAAUAUGAUCUGCAAACAAUAACUGUUUACCAGUGUUUAUUUGGCGUAUCUGAUGUGAUGUUGAGGAUCCCACUCACUGUGGGCUGUGUAACGGCUGAUGUACAAACGGGGUGUUGAAUACAUUAAUGUUCCUGCUAGAUUUGUUGAGUUGCAGAUUCAUGACUACAGGUUAACUGGAUUAGUUAAAGUAGGACUAUGGGAAAGCAGUAGAAUCCUAGGAGUGUAAACUUCUGAAAGGAUAUCAUUGGCAACUUGUUUCAGUCGGUUGGUUGUUUGUUGGGGUUUUGUUUUUGUUUUUUUUUGUUUUUUUUCAAUGAUAUACUGUAUGAGUGAUCAUUUUCUGUGGGGCUCCUCUGACAAUGUUUAUUUAUUAACUAAGAUGCAAGAAACAGGUUGAUGUCAGAAAUGCUCACCUUUGUGAUUACCUUGUUUUUGUUACCAUGUUUGUAGUGGAGUUCACAUGUGGUGUAUCUCUGUCUACCAGGCUUCUAACCUUUAUUUGUAUAUAAGUAAAUAGUUUGACAAUCAUAGACCAACUAGAAAGUAAAUAACUGAGGUUGCUGGAGCAACAAAAAAGGAGACGGGCCAUAAUUUUUUUCUGACACCAAAGAAUUGCUUUAGCUAUUCCAUUGCAUUAUUAUUGGGCCAUGAGUCCGGGAGCAAGUAGGCUCCCUGUAACACGUGUGAUACACAGGCGGCAUCAGAUCUAUUUAUGAAUCAUAAUCAAUUCCUUCACAUGACAGGAUUUAAGAAGUGAAAAGCUGCAAUGGAUGGCCAUUUAUAGUUACACAGUGUCACAAAAGGUGGCGUUUUUCUAAUGUUAAAUGUUUAAAGAGGCCAUGCGAUCAGUUAAUAUGGCUGUUUCAUCAAAAGACAGAACCGUUCCACAGCACAACAAACAAUAUUUAUGGUCUUCAUCUGUGUGUGAAUGUGUGCAUUUGUGUGUAAGGCUGUGUCCGUGUGACCCUUUGUGAUAUUAUUUACAUUAGGUUUGGAAAGUCGAUGUCCUAGUCUGUCCCAGUUAACAGUUUGUGUCCUAUUGAGUGUCUGUUAGACUACAGUAACUAAAGCCAACAAAGAAAAAAACACUUAAUAGGGAAGUGAGUAUUAGAGGAGAGCUUAUAAAUUCUGGAUUGAUUUAAGAAACACAUGUUCAGUCUUUGCACAAAAAACUCUUACAUUGAGACUUCGCGAUUGUCCUCUGAAUUGUUUGUACCUGCAGGUAGCUCUGUCUUUUCCUCCUAGGUGAAGAAGAAAGGGAAACUUCAGGAAAACUUGCUUGUCUUGACUAUACUCUGUAUUUUUCUUAAACCCCAACACCUAUGUUUGUUUUUCAAUUCUAUUUUCAAUGUCAGCCUAUUUUGCCAUCUCUGAGUGGUUUGUUUCUCGUUAAUACACUAUAGUAUGCAGUAUUCUUACCUGAAACAAACCACGCACUCAAACAAUGAGAGGGAGUCAUGUCUAUAUGCCAUAUGCCAUCUUCUGUCCUGGAUUCAAUGGUUAUCAGUGGGUUGAAGUAUUUUUCUCAUUGUAGCCAAAUUUCUUGUACAGUUUUAUGCAACUUUCACAUGGAUGUUUAUGACUUUAUCUGCUGCCACAACAAAUUUAGAAAUUCUGUAGAUAGAGAUAACUGUGCAAUGAGAAAUAAAAGUGGAAAAAAUGUAUUUUUGUCUUCCGUUUUUAAAAUCUUUAAAAGUUUUUUUUCAUUUGUUUAGGUCUA